AGGAGGAUGACAACUGCAAAGAGGUUCACACUGUGUCUGAUAUUUCCACUUCUUGUAGAGAUGGAUGUGGUAACUGGUACUGGGUCCUCAUCUAUACUUCAGGACAGUGGUUUCACAUCAGCCAACGUUGGAGACGCAGUGAUUGUGCACUGCUUCUAUAAAGACCACAUGGACAUGUAUUUCUCCUGGUACAAGCAACCCUUGGGAGAUAAGCUUCAACUCUUCUCAACUGUCUAUAAGUUAGACAGGAACGCAACAUUUUACCAUGAGUUUAAGGAUAACCCUCGAUUCUCAGUGGAAAACGGCCAAGAAAAGAAUCACCUAAAGAUCUCAGACAUACAGCUCUCUGAUUCAGGCACAUACUACUGUGGAAGCGCUUAUGGAAACAAGAUGGAGUUCGGAGAAGGAGCCAUUCUCAUAGUAAAAGGAUCAGGGUCCAGAAACAUGACUGUGCUCCAGCAGCCUGUGUCUGAGUCAGUCCAGCCAGGAGACUCUCUGACUCUGAACUGUACAAUACACACUGAGACCUGUGCAGGAGGACACAGUGUCUAUUGGUUCAGACAUGGCUCAGGAGAAUCCCUUCCAGGUAUCCUUUACUCGCAUGUAGACAGGAAUGAUCAGUGUGGGAAGAGCCCUGAGACUGGGUCUCCUACACAGAGCUGUGUCUACAACCUCCCCAAGAGGAACCUCAGCCUCUCUGAUGCUGGGACUUACUACUGUGCUGUGGCCUCAUGUGGGGAGAUACUGUUUGGGAACGGGACCAAGCUAGACAUUCAAGUUCCAGAGCAUCAUCCUCCAUUUCAUCUGACUCCUAAUGUUCUGGCCUUGGUCGUCUCCAAUAUCGUUCUGGUGAUAGUGACCCUUCUACUUGUCUGGGCGCUGUGCAAGACUCUGAACAGAGAUAGCAGAGGGAGGACAGGUGUCCCAACGUCCCAGGGCAAUCAGAAUCAAGACAGUAAUGUGUUGAACUACGCAGCUGUCAGUUUCACCCCCAAGAAGAAGUCCUCCUCUAGAACAGUGAGAAAGAAGACCAGCAGAGAGGAUGCAGUGUACUCUGAUGUCAGAUACCUUCAGCAACAGUGAAAUAUCACCACUGUCACAAAGACUACAAGAAGCAACAUUUUAUUAUUUAGUAACUUAAAUUACUUAGUAAUUUACAAGUCAACAAAGAAAACUUUAACACUGUCUUUGUUAGAUUCACAUAAUGAUCCUGUCCAGCCUUAAAUAGCCAUAACUUUUGACAGUUUGUAAGAAAUCAUCUGAUAGAGAAUCCCAUCUUUGCUGUAUGACUGUGCGUUUUUAACAUAAUAAACCAUUCAUUUAUACACUC